UAUCACGUAACAUCCCCUCGCAGAGCUGUGGAAAUCUGUGCUACAAGAACGCACCCACAACGCAACCCCCAGCAAGCAGACACCUUGCAGAAAUACCCUAUCUUGACUACUUCAGAAUUUAUUAGUAGAUUGAUUUACUGCAGGUAUAAGUAACACCAAGAAGUGUGUCUGAAGUGCGGGUGAAAGGCUCCUUGCUUCGCCAUGUCGCUGUUCCGUCUUUGGGAAUCGCUGGAUUUUCGUUUCGUUUUGAUAUUCGUGUUUGUGUUAUUGUUAAUGAGCGAUACUGUUAAGAACUGGAUCCCUCGGAACUUUCCCCCGGGCCCCUGGCCUUUACCCUUUCUAGGAAACAUUUUCAACGUCGACUCGAAGCAGCCUCAUAUUUAUUUGACCAAGCUUGCAGAACAUUACGGAGAUGUAUACAGCCUGCGGUUGGGACAGUCUGAAACCGUGGUCGUGAACAGCUACAAGAUGGUCAAGGAAGCUUUGGUCAACCAGGCGCACACAUUUUCAGCUCGACCUUUUUGUCCUAUAGUUGGCAGGGUCACGGAUGGCCUAGGCUUGGUAAUGACCAACGGACACAUGUGGAAAAGGCAGAGAAGAUUUGCUCUGACUACUCUGAGGAACUUUGGAGUUGGCAAGAAGACCUUGGAAUCCACGAUCCUUGAGGAGAUCAGAUUUCAGGAGGCCAUUGAGAAGGAGCAGGGUAAAGUGUUGGGGGAAGGCGGGCAGGUACCUCCAACACUGGUUGUUUUCAGAGACCAGUUUUCCCUGAAUUGGAGGCCCUUUGAUCCCCACUUUAUUUUUAACAAUGCCGUCUCCAACGUUAUCUGCUCUCUGGUUUUUGGUCACCGGUUUGAGUACGGUGACGGACACUUUCAGAAGAUACUGCACAUGAUAUUCGAAUCAGUGUAUCUGGAGGGGAGCAUAUGGGCCACGGUACUGCAUACAUACUCCAUACAAUGUUAUUUAGGUUUGUUAUACAUCGCUGCCUCUCCACACUUAAGAGAUCUACUCUUCAAAAGCAAAGAACCGAUUGCAAGUGUGCAAUACAAACAGCAGAGAGAAGAGAUCAAACAGCACAGGCGGGACUGGGACCCCUCAGCCCCCAGAGAUUACAUCGACUGCUACCUCGGAGAAAUCGAGAAGGCUGAAAUAGACAGAGUGAUCGGACAAGCACGGCAGCCUUCGAUGGAAGGCAAGCGCAACAUGCCGUACACCGACGCAGUGAUUCAUGAAGUUCAGAGAAUGGGCAAUGUUGCACCUUUGCGUUUGCCUCAUAUGACCACUGAAGAUACCAUGUUAGGAGGAUAUUUUAUUCCGAAAGGGCACAAUGUGAUCCCAAAUCUAACCUCGGUGCUGUUCGACAAGAAUGAGUGGCAGACCCCAGACACAUUUAAUCCAGGGCACUUCCUGGAUGCAGAGGGGCAGUUUGUGAGGAGGGAUGCGUUCCUGCCAUUCUCUGUUGGUAAGAGGGCCUGUCUUGGAGAGCAGCUGGCCCGAAUGGAGUUGCUCCUCUUCCUCACUUCCUUUCUGCAGAAGUUCACCUUCUCUUCUCCUGAAGGAGUGGAGCCAAGUUUCAAGUUUCAAGUUGGAAACACGCUUUCUCCGCAGGAUUUCAAGAUCUGUGCCAUCCGUCGCUAAAAAAAAACAGUGACUGUCUUCAAGAAUCAUUAGAAUCAAUUUUUAAUGGAGUAUUACCAGAAGUUAAGCAUGUUCCCUGUUUUAUCCUGAUUAUUGGCAUAUCAAAAUCAACUUAUUAAUACCUGACAGUAUUUAAAUUAAUAUAGA